UCGGCGCCGUAAAAUUCAGUUUUCGAAGCCGAUUUGUCGAUCCAAGCGAACAACUAUUCACAGAUGUAUUUGAACUUGACUUUGACACGAGUUUGUAAGACCAUGGUCGAUGGAAUCGAUCUGUACAUAGAGCGUGCCAAGGCCUUCCCUCUUCCGUCGCAUCCCGUAUGAUUGGAUUAUUCACUCUCAACUAAGUAGAAAGCCAACCAAAGAGACCUUUGAAUGUCCUCAAUCUACAAACAGAUCCCGUUCUCGAGGAUAGGCUGGCAAAUGCAUCACAAAUGUGUUUGCACGGCCAUGCCGUAAUGAUUUCAACCCAACUAUCAGUGACAAAAGGCCCUCAAGGCCUGCGUGUGGCAAUGGUGUUGGAAGCAUUAACCUCGAACUCGGAAUUAAACAGAUACAUGCAGUUCGGUUUUGAGCAGUCUCUGUGGGACUCUGGAAAGAGGCAGGUUUCGAGGGAGUUUGGGUGCAUUGUGGUUCCCAAUGCCUGUAGAACCAAUCGAGUACAAAUCAGGAUCGUAUUUUGACGUAGAACAGCCGAUUACGGGUUCAUUCUUCGGAAGAGUUUUCGACUCAAAGGACCCGAUUAUUGGAAACUCACAGUCUGAAAGUUCAUUGGAGUUGGCCUCUCGUGACAAGGUGUCAAACUCGGGGAACCUGGGCUUGCCCGGAUCGAACACGAGGAAAAUGAGGUGCGCCCCGCCGCUUCUUCGGAAGUUUCUGGCCGAAUUCUUGGGAACCUUUCUCCUGGUGAUUUUUGGUGACGGAGCCAUUGCCCAACACGUCUUGGGUCAGAAUCAAUCAUUCCUAUCGAUUUGCUUAGGAUAUGGUUUGGGCCUCAUGAUCGGCAUCCUUGUCAGUGGAAACGUGUCAGGAGGUCAUCUCAAUCCAGCCGUGACUUUGGCCAUGAGCUUGCUCCAAAAGUGCACUUACAUCUGUGUGCCCGUGUAUUGGGCGGCCCAAUACUUGGGCGCCUUCGCUGGCGCCACCGUUCUUUAUGGGGUGUAUGCAGAUGCUAUUGAAGCCCAAUUGGGCAUGAAUAUGUCUAGUGCUGGGAUUUUUGCCUCGUAUCCCAAGGAUGACAUCGGUGUGGUGACACUGAUUGUGGGCCAAACUUUGGGAACAGGGAUCCUUUUGAUCAUCAUUUUAGCAGCGACAGACAAGAAGAAUAUGAAUGUGCCACCCGGUCUCUUGCCAUUGACUAUUGGAUUGGGCCUCACCGCUAUUCACAUAAGCUUUGCCUAUAACGCAGGGUGUGCAAUCAAUCCCGCUCGAGACUUCUCUCCGCGAUUACUCACCUAUGUGGCUGGUUUCGGGAACGUUUUCUCGGCGGACAAUUAUUUCUUUUGGAUCCCUUGGAUUAUGCCCCAUAUUGGAGCCGUUAUUGGAGCCUUGACUUACUACUACUUUGUGGAAAUUCAUCACAAAGAUGAAGACGACGAGGAAGAUGAAGAUUUCUGAACCCAAUCGGGGAGAAACCAAAGACUAAAUCGUUUAUUACAAUAAUAGUAGUACCAAUCUAUUAUCAUCGAAUGCAUGUCGAUCCCGGGUUAAUCAGUGACACAAUUCUAUGCUCCCAAUACUUAAUUUUGAAUGAAAAAAAAAGCGUUUUAUCUCU